ACGCCGCCCUCAGCCUCAGUACGUCUCCGCUCGCGAGUGAGGAGGGACCUCGGUUCUUCUGGCUCACGUCCUUCGCGUAUCGUAGUCCUUUGCUCUGGCUUUUCGUGACUGUGUGUUAUUUUUGGACCAAAGUACAGAGGUGCUAGAAUAUUUUAAAAUUCAUAACAUGUCUCUUAGGAUUUCAUUAGAUAUAAAAUAACAGAACAAUUGUUUGUAUAUUGGUAUAAAAACUUAAGUGCGCUAAUAAACUUCUUUUCAGAAUAAUUGGGUUCUAUACGUCGUACAAACUGUGAUUUGUGUGUUGCUACAGUACUUUAAAUACACAAUGUCUUCAUGAGUUUUGUUCUUCUAAUAAUCUAAUUCACACAGAGCGGUUAAACACUUUAUUUCCACUGGACAUUGACAAAUGGAUCUUCUCACCGAUGCCAACAAUAACUCCCCAGAAAAAUGUUAUUCGUUGAGGCCCCGCCACGCGCCCAAGAAGGACGAAGACGAUUCUGACCAAGACGAUUCUACAAGACCCAGUGCCCGGAAGAAGAAAAAAUCAAAACAGAAGCCCGGCCGCCUCAGCAAGUACAGGAGGAAGACAGCGAAUGCACGGGAGAGGUCUAGGAUGAGAGAGAUCAACGAGGCGUUCGAAGCUCUCCGUAGAGCCAUCCCGCACCUCACACCUUGCAAUGACAACGCCGGAGAGAAGCUGACCAAGAUAUCGACUCUUCGGCUCGCGAUGAAAUACAUCACCGCGCUGAGCAAUGCGCUGACCGACUCUCCCGGAGAAUCUGACGGAGAGUCCUUCUUCAGCGACUACAGCCUUACGCCCUCCGACCCUCGAGAACAUUCCAUGACACCCUCCUCUGUCAGUGAGCACUCUGACUUCUAUGACCAGUUCUUCCAGAAAUCAUUGCCGGGGAACCUCUCUCCUUGUGAAACCAUACGGCUCAACACCCCUUCCGAAAUCGGUUUCCCCAUCGGUGGCUGUGAAAACUCAUACCCCUUAACGGAUAACACUUCGAAACUGCGGACUUUGUCUACAACCACUAAUGGAGUUCCUAUCGAGUCUCUGCCCUCCUUCUACCACAUAUCGACGUCGAUUCUCGGCCCAGAAGUGCCGUCCUCCUACGAAACUCAAGCACUACCAGUUCCUGAACCUGUUUUUAGAAGUCACUCUCUAGCCCCCACUGACCUCCAAGAACCAGCACCGCCAUCGGAAUUGGACAGUUUAUUGUACCCUUCGUUAAAUUUUGACGAGCUUUUCAUAACGUGACAGUUUCAGUUUUGUAUUCCUACCUAGAAGCAAUUAAAUGAAAAACUCUGACAGUGCCUUAAGUAAGUAUACAACGAGAUAAAAUAAGUUAUUAUAAUUAGGAAUAUAGGUCUACAUGUUUUGGUUGAAUAACUUGGAUGGAAAAUGCUUGAAAGAACCGAAUGUUACUAUUUAUAAAUGAUAUAAGCUUUGGAAUUAAAAUAUACACGAGUUUUUGUUUCUAUGUGUACAAUAGUACCAAAAUAAAGUUACUUUAGCGUAAAAACGUAAGAACUGAAAUAUGCUAGAUGACUCUUUACUUAUGUCGUUUUUGUAGUUUUGUCUAAUGUUUAUAAGAAAUAGUACAAAACUUUUAUAAUGAGGAAUAAUAUUGGAUUUCUUUUAUGAAAGCGAUACAGAAACCAUGUAACCUAACACUUAAUAAUGUAUAAACUAAAAUGCUUAAAUUUUGAUUUCACAUACACUUAUUAUUAUCAGUUAUGAUCAAAGUUAUGUUUUGUUUAUAUUUAGUUUCGUAAAUCUUUAUUUCUCAUUUUAAAUGUAAAUGUUUAUAUAUAAAAUGAAUUUACAUUUUAUUUUAAAAGUUGUGCGAUUGUUUUAUUGUUAUACUUCAUUAUUUACAGUACCUUCAUUCGUGUACAGACAAGGAUCUAUGAAGUAUUUUAUAUAGAAUUCAACAAGUAAGUUAGCAAUUUGUUACAUUACCAAUGUUGAAUAUGUAAAACUGUGAAAAUUCUUGCUGGCUCAUAUUUAACAGAAAUAAUCAAAAUGGUUUUAAUUUUAUGUAAACAUUGAUUUGAACAGGAGUGUCUAUGAUGAAGGCUUAUUAUAAGCACUUAUUCUCAAGGAUGUCUUUUGCACUAAAAUCUAAACACAGCUACAGUCCAAGUAAAUUUUCUAUAUAACCCAAAAAGACAUUAAAUGAGUGCCUUACUUAAAAUAUGAAAUGGAAAGUGUUGAAGUUGUGAUAUGCAUUUUAGAUAUGUCAGUAUUUUCAUAAUAAAGGUUUUGAAGGAUAAUUUAUGGUUCAACUAACUUUAAUGUUAUUUUUAGACGUUGUUUUGCUCUGUGACUUUCUGAAAAUGUUGGUGAACAUAUGUUUACUGAAUUUACCAGUUCAAUGUAGUCUAAGACAUGCACGUUUUGUCAUAUUUUCGUAAUAUAAAGUUUAUAAACUUACGAUAGACGUGAACGAAUCUCUAAAACAUAGAAAAAUUUCCGUUAUUAGAACUCAUAGACAAAUUCUAUAAUAAAAAUUUCCACUUUCUGUUAAUUUUGUUUGAAAAUUAAUGAAUAGCGUAAUACUAAAUUCAUGAAACCGUAAUGAAGAGUAUCGUAAUGUGAAGAAAUUCAACUAGGUACUAAUAUGGUUCCUAAUAUAAGGAUAACAUUAAACGUGCAGUACAGUUGUAACUUCUUUUGAAAUUCGUCAUAAUUAAAUACAUAUAACAUAAUUUAUAACAUUAAAUUUAAUUGUAUUUAAUAUCGUAUGGCAUGCAUUACUAUAACGCAAAUUCAUACGUUAUUAGUUUGUCAAAACGUAAUGAUUUCACACAUAAACUCGCUUAAUUCAAAUUUUACUGUUCUGCACACAUUCUAAAAUAUUUGAAAAUUAAAAUAUAUCGCAUAUAUAAUAAAUCCACAUUUACGUAGGCAAUAUACUACAGAAUAAUUAUAUUAAAAAAGCUAAAAAUCAAAAUAUUAUUACUGUAUUGAUUAUGAUGAUGAACAGAAAUCAUUUUAAUUCUGACAGCUAUUGGAUUUAAUAACAGUUGUUAAAUUAAGCUUUGACAUCCAUAGUUUUAUUAAUUAUUGUAAGGCAAUAAAUGUGCCCGUAAAUAUGUAAGUAUAGGUACACAGUACGCUGUGGAUAAAUGAAAUGUUUUUUUUAUUUAGGCACAUUUAUACUAUAAAACUUUCUUUUGUGCAUAUCCAUACUGUAAUCAUUGAUUUGAAAAAGAGUGUCUAUUAGGAAGGCACUAAGGAAUAUUAAAUAUUAUUCCUUGUGAUUGUUAAACACUUGUUUAUACUUGCACAUAUUUUCAGUUUAUUUAACGUUGUUGUAUUUUGCGACGGAGACAUUUUAAAUGUACUCUAAUUGUUGAAAAUUCAAACGGAUUGUUGUUAACAGAAAGCUCUAUGUUGUAUUAAAAAUAAAACUGAAAAAUAAUGCAUUAUUAAACCAUUUCAUAGUGUUAGUGUAAGUAUGUCAAAUGUGAAAGAAUUACAUUUAAGUAAAAUUGAUCCAGAUUUGUUAUAACAAUCUAAAAUGUUCUUACUUCCAUUGAUAAAGGUGAUUCACUCUUCAUAUAUGUACUGUUAUACGAGACAGAAUGUAUUUUUACAUCUCAUAAAUACAAAGAUCAUGUAAUUUUUAACUCAUGUUUAAUUCAAAAUUGAAUAAAGUGGUUUUUGAUAUACGACUUAAAAAUCUUAUAUCAAAAUCCAUAUUAUUCGUGAAUUCUCUGUAUAUUUUGUUAUACAGUUUAAUCUAAAUUUUUAAAACAUUAUAAAAUUAAGAAAUAAAACAACUCUAAAUUAUAUAUUAACUGGAAUAAUUUUAUGUAUUAUUUACUAUUGAAAAAAACGUUUACGUUCCGUCCGUUAUUACACAUACAGAAAUUAUAAAUUUUCUUAUAAAACUAUUGCAUGAAUGAUGUUUAAAAGGUAGUUUAUGCAGAAUUAAGAAAUAUGGUAAGUAACUAGGGUAGUUAAAGUAAGGCAAUUUGUACUUAUUACUAGUCAUAUCGCAAUCAGAAUUGUAUUUUAAAAUAUGAAAAGUGGUUCUUGUAUUUUCUGUUUGGUACUAUGUAAAGAAAAUGGUGUAAAGUAAUGUUACUAUACGUUGUAAAUAUUUUACUAUUUUUCGAUAUUAUUUGUAAAUAAACCAUCAUUUUAUAAAUA